AUGCUGGACAACUAUGGAAAUGUGGCCUCUCUGGGAGGCACCGAUGUACGGGAGACUGCAGCGGGGACAGACGAAGGGCUGGAGAGUUUCUCAAGAGCACCUCAGCACAACAUUUCCUUCCCGAGUGAACUGACUGCAACAGGAGAUGUCGAGGAGCCUAUUGGGGAAUUUCAGGGCUUCUCACUGGAAAAAGCCCAGAAUGAACCGUCCGAAGAAAACUUUGGGAAUGGAGCUGGACCACAGAGGCAGGAAGGAAACCAUACAGUGAAGACGUGGGUUAAAUCCAUUCCUCACCAAAUCCCAGUCUGCAGCCAUCUCCAAUGGACUCAUUCAGAAGGGAAGGGAUUUAUCUGCUCCGAGAGUGGACUGACAUCUUCCAGUGGAAGAAAGGAUAAUGUUUGUUUACGAAACCACAGUAUAAUAAAGACAUGUAAAUGCUGGUACUGUGGAAAGUACUUCAAAUACACAACACAGCUACUAUUACACCAAAGAAUCCACACUGGGGAAAAACUUUUUGAAUGCUCAGAGUGUGGAAAGAGAUUCAGUCGGAGUAGCGCUCUUCAACUUCAUCAAAGAACCCACACAGGGGAGAAACCUUAUGAAUGCUCAGAGUGUGGACAGAGAUUCAGUCAGAGUGGCAAUCUUCAACUCCAUCAAAAAACCCACACCGGGGAGAAACCGUAUGAAUGCUCAGAGUGUGGAAAGAGAUUCAGUCGGAGUGGCAGUCUUCAACAGCAUCAGAGAACCCACACAGGGGAGAAACCUUUUGAUUGCUCAGAGUGUGGAAAGAGAUUCAGUCGGAUUUGCGAUCUUCAACAGCAUCAAAGAACCCACACAGGGGAGAAACCUUUUGAAUGCUCAGAGUGUGGAAAGAGAUUCAGUCGGAUUGGCGAUCUUUCACUCCAUCAAAGAACCCAUACAGGGGAAAAACCUUAUGAAUGCUCAGAGUGUGGAAAGAGAUUCAGUCGGAGUGGCAGUCUUCAACAGCAUCAAAGAACCCACACAGGGGAGAAGCCUUUUGAAUGUUUAGAGUGUGGAAAGAGAUUCAGUCGGAGUGGCAGUCUUCAACAGCAUCAAAGAACCCACACAGGGGAGAAACCUUUUGAAUGCUCAGUGUGUGGAAAGAGAUUUAAUCAGAGUAGCAAUCUUCAAGUCCAUCAAAGAACCCACACAGUGGAGAAACUUCUUGAAUGCUCAGAGUGUGGAAAGAGAUUCAUUCACAGUGGCGAUCUUCAACAACAUCAAAGAAUCCACACAGGAGAGAAACCUUUUGAAUGUUCAGAGUGUGGAAAGAGAUUCAGUCAGAGUAGCAUUCUUCAGCAGCACCAAAGAACCCACACAGGGGAGAAACCUUUUGAAUGCUCAGACUGUGGAAAGAGAUUUAAUAGGAGCUGCAAUCUUCAGCUCCAUCAAAGAACCCACACAGGGGAGAAACCUCUUGAAUGUUCAGCGUGUGGAAAGAAAUUCAAUCAGAGACGUGAUCUUCAAGAGCAUCAAAGAUCCCACACGGGCGAGAAACCGUAUGAAUGCUCAGAGUGUGGAAAGAAAUUCAGUACUAGGAGAAUUCUACAACAGCAUCAAAGAACCCACACAGGGGAGAAACCUUUUGCAUGCUCACAGUGUGGAAAGAGAUUCAAUCAGAGUGGUACUCUUCAACGGCAUCGAAAAAUCCACACUGGGGAGAAAAACUGAAUGUUUAGAGCUGUGGCCCAGUGGAGUGGAGGAAGGCCACGUGUCCCCAUUUUUUUCCAUGUAGUCCCAGCUCCAUUCUUGCCACCGUAACAAGGCAAAAGGACUUCCCAAAGGAAACAGAAAGGUGGGGAGAUAGCACCUGAAAGUUGAAGGAAAUUUCCCAAGAUAGAAACUUUCAUAGGUCAAAGCUUAUUUGGUCAGGCAGAAGUGAGAACGAAGAUCCACAACUGAUCAUGGCUGGGAAGAAUCUCUUCAAUAAAAAUGAAGGUAUUGCCAAAAUUAAAUUUUCUGUUUCAGAUGAUACUGAUCAGUCUACAAGAAAAGACUUUGGUGGACUGGCCAGAAACCAAUAAAUACAUUUAUAUGGAAUGGAAAAACCCAACAAUUAGAUUUAAGUAUUACAGGAUGAGAAAAAAAGAGGAGGCUUAGUAGUACCUAAGAAAUAAACUGUACUACCAAGCAGUGGUUUGGUUUGGAUUGCAGAUUGGAUCAAAAUCACCAAGGACAGGAAGCAGCAAAGGAGAGGAAAGGGAAGAGUAGAAUGAAUAAGGGAAAAAAUCGAAAUGAUACAUUAAUAGAACUAUAAGCAUUGUUUCUGGAUGACGGAUUGCACAGUUCCCUUUGGAUUAAGAAGCAAAUUUGGAAAAAUAAAAGAUAAGAUAAAAGUCAUAUAAUCAAUAAGUGGGACACUAGAAGAAGAAUUGGCCCUAUAAUAUCACCUGUAAUGUCACCAAUAAUAGAUAUGAGAGGAAAAAAUAUUGACUUCAUAAUCUAUAAAGAUAUGAUAAUGUCACAAGUAGAAAUCAAAUCCU